AGAGAGAGAGAGAGAGAGAGAAUUCUCUUCUAGGGUUGCUUUGUUCGUCUUCUCCAUUUUUGGAAUUUUGCUUGCUCUGAUUCUCAUCUCCCAUGGCGCUCUACGAUAAACCCUCCCACCAAUCUCUGAUCCCCAGCUUCCUCUAUUCUUCCCCUUCUUCCACUCGAACCAUGCCGCUCAAGAAGAUGCUUCAGACUUCUCCGAGCGUCGAUGCUGUUUCCUCUUCCCCCAAGAGCUUUGUCAUUCCGGCCCCGAGCGAGCCGUCUAAGAAGAUCGAGAUGUAUUCGCCGGCUUUCUACGCCGCUUGCACUUUCGGUGGAAUUCUCAGCUGUGGUCUCACGCACAUGGCUGUUACCCCUCUCGACUUGGUUAAAUGCAAUAUGCAGAUUGACCCUGCAAAAUACAAAAGCAUUUCGUCUGGUUUCGGAGUUCUGCUCAAGGAGCAGGGUGUUAAGGGUUUCUUUAGGGGAUGGGUGCCUACCCUCCUUGGCUACAGCGCACAGGGUGCCUGCAAAUUUGGUUUCUACGAGUUCUUUAAGAAGUAUUACUCUGAUAUUGCUGGACCUGAGUACGCAGCUAAGUACAAGACCCUGAUCUACCUUGCUGGUUCUGCAUCUGCUGAGGUGAUUGCGGAUGUUGCGCUUUGCCCUUUUGAAGCAGUGAAGGUUCGGGUUCAGACUCAGCCUGGUUUUGCUAGAGGACUUUCAGAUGGGCUUCCUAAGUUUGUCAGAUCUGAAGGAGCUCUAGGAUUGUACAAGGGUAUUGUUCCUCUAUGGGGACGCCAGAUUCCAUAUACAAUGAUGAAGUUUGCAUCCUUUGAGACAAUAGUUGAGAUGAUAUACAAGUAUGCCAUUCCCACACCAAAGGACCAGUGCAGCAAAUCUCUCCAGCUUGGUGUUAGUUUUGCUGGUGGAUAUGUGGCUGGUGUUUUCUGUGCUAUCGUGUCCCAUCCUGCUGAUAAUCUCGUGUCGUUCCUCAACAAUGCCAAAGGAGCAACCGUUGGCGAUGCUGUCAAGAAGCUCGGAUUAUGGGGUCUCUUCACCCGUGGGCUACCCCUCCGUAUUGUUAUGAUUGGAACUCUUACUGGCGCUCAGUGGGGUCUUUACGAUGCAUUCAAAGUAUUUGUUGGACUGCCUACUACUGGUGGUGUUGCUCCUGCCGCCCCCGCACCUGCUGCUUCUGAGCUUGCAAAAGCGUGAGGUUGAUGCUUGAUCGAUCAACCAAAGUUUUUUUGUUUUACGAGUCAGGGAAAACCAAACCUCUUCAUAGAAUCGAAUAAACAUAACCUUAGAAUGAUGCUUAUAGCCCUCGAAGCUGGAGGAAUAUCUUCAUAGAAUGGAUUAGACCCUUCUCCAUUCAUUUUUCAUUUCCCUUUUUCUUUUGUUACUCGGCAUUCAUUGAAUUUGUUUGGGAAAGGAUGGUUUUGAUCUCAUCCUUUUGUUAGCUUGGGAUACUCAUUUUUAGUAGUUGAGAUAGAGAUUUUCAGUUUGGUGGUUUAAAACCAUGAGCAAUUGAUGUAUUUUGUAGCCUUGUCAGGAAGAAACUACUACGCCAAAUAAACUGACAAGCGAUGGGCAAAAAUUUGGCUGAGUUUUCAUCUCACAUGUAUUGCUAUUUGGUAAGCCAAAACCUCUCAUUUUUACCA